AUGUUUGUGAGCUUUCUGAUUCUUCAUGUAUCUGUGCUUGGCACGGUCUUUGCCGGAACGCGCAACUGCGCAAGUUAUUAUCGACCACCAUAUUAUAUUGGUGAACAUCGAGUUCCAACUACUUGCAAUCUUGAGCAGCUGGACUGCCCAUCUUCCUGGAAGUCUGGAAUACCACAAGGCAGCGAAACAUCUAUCCCAAUCAUUUACCAGAAAUUCCUGAAUUGUCACGAAAGUUUUACUUUGUGUGGAUACGUCCCAAUCGAUCCAAAAUCUGGUGAAGUCCUUGAAGAAAAUGGCGUUACGAUUGGAGCUGGUGUUGAUCUAGGAAGCAAGUCAUGGGUGUCUUUCACGUCAUUGCCAAGCGUACUUGUUGACAAGCUUGACCCUUACUUUGGUUUGAAACGAAAUCUCGCUGCUUGUACUGCGAUUGAACGUCCUUUACGCCUAACGCUAGGGGAAGCUAACACUUUAACUGAUGCUGUUAAAAACGAUGUGGUUAAUACAGUUUCAAAAAGAUACGACAGAGAUAAAGACGAGAACGCGCUGGCGUUCACAUCAGUUCCUCGCGGUAUUCGCACAGCUAUCGUCAGCGUUUGGUAUCAGUUCGGCUCUGAUACGGCUCAUUCAAUAUUCUGGAGUUUCGUGAAGAAAAACGACUGGAAUAAUGCGAUACAUGAACUGAGAAAUUUCUACACGAAUCCAAACGAGCAGGCUAGAAAAGAUUUGAAAAGACGAAACGACGAAGCGGACAUAAUUGAAGCAACUCUUUUGGAAUGCGAUCGCGCUGUUGACGUUGUUUUCUUGAUAGAUGACUCUAGCAGUGUUUCCCUCGCUAACUUUCAAGAAAGCCUCGAUUUUGUGAAGAACAUGAUAAAAGCAUUUCCCGACCAGAAACUCACUGGGAAAUAUAGCACUAGAUUUGGUUUGUCUACAUUCAAUAACAUUUACAGAUCACAAUUCUAUUUGUCAAGCUAUACCAAGCAGUCAAGCUAUCUUUACGCAAUUGGUCGCGUUUCGUACACAGGUGGAAGCAGUACCAAUCUUGCUUUCGCUCUGGUACAGGUAUUAACCGAUCAAUUCACCGAAAAACGAGGUUUGCGUCCUGAAAAGGAUGGCUUACCUCGUGUUUUGAUUGUUCUAACGACGGUCUAUCGUACGGUAGUGUUUCAAUUCCAGCAAAGAAUAUAAGAGAUGAAAACAUCGUUAUUUAUGCAAUUGGAAUCGACAAUUAUAAUCUUAGGCAGCUUCAAGACAUUGCAUCUUCUGACUCGCACGUUUACACCCUAUCUACCUUUUCCGAACUUGACAUAUUUAUUUCCACGAUCACGUCGUCAACUUGUUAUGAACCCCGUCCUGCACAACUUGACGAGGCAAUCAUUACAAGUGUAGUAAAGAAUUCGUACAAGUAUUUCAGCUACAAAGUAAGCAAAACAUCAAAUCUCGAGAUCAAUGUAAUCGAUUUAACUGGCAGCACGCUUGUUUACGUCUCUCGCACCAAUCCUCACCCUUAUCAGUACGACUAUGACAUUUCCUUCGACUUUUCGCAGCAAAAGAACAAACUCAUCGUUGUUUCAGCGCGCACGCCUGUACCAAAUACAAAGGUGAAACGGUCAGCCAAAGACGAGCACACACAACAAAUCUAUGUGUCGGUAACUUCCCACACCAACUUGGCUUCCUUCAUAAUUAAAGGCGAUGAAUGUAAUCCCUUGAAAUGUACGGAGGGAACAAAUGAAAUGCCUAUAUAUACAACUCAACCUACCACACGUACAACACCGACUGAUCAUGGGAGUAUUGUUAUCCCUGCAAAUAUCAUGGUGGCAAGUUUUGGAAUGUUGACCAUGCUUUUUCAAAUAUAUUGGGUUUGA